AGACAAGGCCCUUACUCCCAGCCUGACGGACACCAGUAGAGCUGGGGAGAUGAGUGAAGGAACACCAGAAUAUAUUUCUCCCCCCCUGUGCUCGAAAACCUCCAAGAAAAUAAGGAAAUUACCAUGCAGAGUAGUCAUCCUGCCCGUGGUGGUGACCGGGAUGGUGGCGGCGCUCUGCGUGGUUGUGUGGGUGAUGGUGGAGAGGCUGCUCCUGGAGAAUCGCGCCGCAAACUUCGAGCCCACCCCGACUCAUCCAGUGGAUGAUUUGGCUAAGAUGUCAACGAUUGGUCCAGGGCUGCGCUGGCCGGUGGUGCUGCUGCUGACUACGGUGCUGGUGCUGUCCGUGGGUGUGGCGGGACUCGUGUGGGUGCUGUCCAGGCGGCCGUCAGCACCCUCCUCUUCAGGCCCUGUCGGCCAUGUCUUGGAGUCUGCCCUAAAGCCUGUUCUCCGCCAGCCAGUCCACCCCGUCGUGGCGUAGACCAAACAACACUAAUUGCGCCGGAAGCCAGCCUACCCAGGGACGCCGCCAAGUGUGCCUCGCCAAGCCCUUCGCCUCCGCAGCUGGGACGUGACCUUCGGCGGGAUGAGAAUAUCUUCAGCUUCUCGAUUUAGGUUUAGGAUGAAGUGUUCCCGUUGAAGUGGUUUUAUAGCCCCUCUAUACAAGAAAUGUUAUCGCUGAUGCUUUCCGCGUGAUGAGUAAUAGCACGGCCAACUUAUUGAUUUACUAGUUCCAUGUCAUGUCUGUUUCCUCGUGUAGCCGUUUGCGUAGUCACUCGAGUUGUGUAACAGGAAAUUGGUGGCAGUGUUCGUUGUGUUAUGAUAAUGAGGGACGCGGAGCUGCUUCGAUGUACAGGCGAACACUGCAGGCACCGGUCCCUCUCUCUGGAGGUAGUGUUGGCUCCAGACUGAUGGGCCAACAAGUACAGCGCUGCUCAUUCCGUACAAAGUUUUAAAGUCUUCCCUUGAGCUAGACAUAACGCUUGUCACAGUUAUAUGUAAUUGAAUUUGUCUCUUAUUACUCUUAUUAUCAGUGAAAUUAAACUUUUGUGACUAUAUUGUUCUUAUGAUUUAAAUCCAACUUGUCAUUAUUUUGGUCUUAUUAAACUCCAACUUGUCAC